AUGCGCCCGCCGCCGCCCGCCGUGCUGGGCCUCUUGCUGCUGCUACUGUCGCUGCCAGCGCCCGAGGCUGCCAAGAAGCCGACGCCCUGCGCGCUUUGCCAGAGUCUGGUGGAUAAGUUCAACCAGGGCAUGGUGGAUACAGCGAAGAAGAACUUUGGCGGUGGGAACACGGCCUGGGAAGAGAAAUCACUGUCCAAGUAUGAGUUCAGUGAGAUUCGCCUGAUGGAGAUCCUCGAGGGCUUGUGUGAUAGCAGUGACUUCGAGUGCAACCGGAUGCUGGAGGAGCAGGAGAGCCACCUGGAGGAUUGGUGGUUGCAGCUGAAGCAGCAGUUCCCGGACCUGUUUGAGUGGUUCUGCGUGAGUACGCUGAAGCUCUGCUGCUCUCCUGGGACGUAUGGGCCCAACUGUCUGGCGUGCCCUGGUGGCACCCAGAGGCCCUGCAGUGGGAACGGUCACUGUAGUGGGGACGGCAGCCGGCAGGGGGAUGGGUCCUGCAAGUGUCACAUGGGCUACCAUGGCGCGUUGUGCACCGACUGCCUGGAUGGUUACUUCAGCGCCUUGCGGAACGACUCGCACAGCGUCUGCACAGUCUGUCACGAGGCCUGCAAGACGUGCACAGGCCCUACCAGCCGGGACUGCACUGAGUGUGAGGUGGGCUGGGCCCGUGAGCAAGAUGACUGCAUCGAUGUAGAUGAGUGUGCAGAGGACACGCAGCUGUGCGGCGAGAACCAAUAUUGCAAGAAUGUCCCCAGCUCCUAUCUGUGCGAAGACUGUGACUCUACAUGUGUGGGCUGUACAGACAAAGGCCCAGACAAGUGCAUCGAAUGUGUCCCGGGCUACGCCAAGGAUGAGAGCGGCCAGUGCUCAGACAUAGAUGAAUGCUCACAGCCAGAAAAGCCAUGUGCCCGGGAAAAUGAGAAUUGCUACAAUACCCCAGGGAGCUUCGUCUGUGUGUGUCCCGACGGUUAUGAGGAGACAGACGAUGCCUGUGUGCUGACCGUGGGGGCCGAAAUGGACGAAAAAAAGCCAACACCGCCCCUACCCCAUGAAGACUUAUAA